AUGUCUCAUGCUAUGGAGUACACUCUUUUCCUGUUUCUCCUUUUGGAUCUGACUAACUUCUUCCAAGCCCAGACAUUCAACACUAUCCUUGUGGACUACCCCAGGGCCUUCGUUCCAUUUAACCAGUACUGUAACGUGAUGAUGAAGAGCAGAAAUUUUAAUAUAAGACGACAAUGCCGGUCAAAUGACACUUUCAUCCAUGAUUCUUUUAUCAGCCUUAAAGAACUUUGCCAAACUGCAUUUGUGCCCUGUGGAAAUGGCCUAAAGCAGUGUCACCAGAGCUCCCCAGUGAAUGUGACUCAUUGCCUUCUCCUACCAAAUACCCAUUAUCCGGACUGUCAGUAUAGUAUGAAGUUCCAGGAACAAAAGAUCAAGAUCAUAUGUUGGAAGAAUCGUCCUUUCUACCUGGUUCCGUAG